AUGUUCUGCGCUCUGGCUCUGGUCUGCGACGACUACUUCGUUCCCUCGCUGGAGAAGAUAUGUGAGCGUCUGAAUCUCAGUGAGGACGUCGCCGGUGCGACCUUCAUGGCCGCCGGCAGCUCGGCUCCCGAACUCUUCACGUCCGUCAUAGGCGUCUUCAUCACUAAAGGUGACGUCGGCGUGGGAACCAUCGUGGGCUCGGCCGUCUUCAACAUCCUCUGCAUCAUCGGCGUCUGCGGCUUCUUCGCCGGCCAGGCGGUGAAGCUUUCUCACUGGGCUCUGCUCCGAGAUUCCAUUUUCUACACGUUCUCUAUCGUGGCCCUCAUCGCGUUCAUCUACGACGAGCAGGUGUGCUGGUGGGAAUCUCUGGUCCUGAUCCUCAUGUAUGCAGUUUAUAUCCUCAUGAUGAAGUUCAACGGCCGGGCGCAUCGCUACUUCGACCGCCGAAAGAAGAGCUCGGCCAACCUGGCCAACGGGCUGACGGGCAGCACCGACCUGGAGGAUAACGUGACGUGCGACGCCACUGCGGUCCUGCUGAAGAAAGCUAACUUCCACUGCAAGCCGUCGGUGCUGAUGGUGGACGAGCUGCUGUCGGCGUACCCCCACCAGCUGUCCUUCUCCGAGGCCGGCAUGAGGAUCAUGAUCACCAGCCACUUCUCCCCCAGAACCCGCCUCACCAUGGCCUCCCGCAUGCUCAUCAACGAGAGACAAAGACUGAUCAACACCACGGAGACUCGGGUCAAUCGCAUCACCAACGGCGACUCGGACUCGGCGGCCAGAGCUCAGGGGAGGCGGGGCCUGGAGAACGGGAUGGGCGGGGCCGAGCAGGGCCUGAACGGCAGGUGCAGGCUGCAGAGGCUGGAGUCCGGCAACGAGACGGAGAACGAGAACGAGGACAACGAGAACAACGAGAACGACGAGGAGGGAGAGGGCGAGGACGACAACGGAGGGCCCCUGGUGCCCUUUAAGGUUCCAGCCGGCGCCUGCAACAAGCUGAAGUGGCUGACCAUGUGGCCGCUGUCCCUGCUGCUGUUCUUCACGGUGCCCAACUGUGGCAAGCGGCGCUGGGAGAGGUGGUUCAUGGUGUCCUUCUUCACCGCCACCGUCUGGAUCGCCGGGCUCUCCUACAUCAUGGUCUGGAUGGUGACGGUGAUCGGCUUCACUCUCGGCAUCCCCGACGUCAUCAUGGGCAUCACCUUCCUGGCGGCGGGAACCAGCGUCCCCGACUGCAUGGCCAGCGUCAUCGUGGCGCGACAAGGUAUGGGAGACAUGGCCAUCUCCAACUCCAUCGGCAGCAACGUGUUCGACAUCCUGGUGGGCCUCGGCCUGCCCUGGGCUCUGCAGACGCUCUGCAUCGACUACGGAUCCAUCAUCCAUCUGAACAGCAGAGGACUCAUAUUCUCUGUUGGACUUUUACUCGCCUCAGUAUUCUUCACAGUUCUCGGCGUCCAUUUAAACAAAUGGACUCUGGAUCGGCGACUGGGCUUGGCCUGCCUCAUCGUCUACGCCAUCUUCCUGUGCUUCUCCAUCCUCAUCGAGUUCAACGUCUUCAUCUUCGUCAACCUGCCCAUGUGCCGAGACAUCCACUGA